AUGUCUGCUGAAAAUGUUGCUGAAGCUAAACUUCAAAUCGAAAUCCUUGACUUGAAGGAUGAGAUUUCCUAUUUGAAGACUGAACAUCGAUUUGCAAUUGAUGAAAAUCAAGAAAUCAAUUCAGAAUUAGCUAAUAUCAAGAAGAAAUUUGAAGCUGGAAAGGUUAGUUUCCCUCCAUAAUUUUCUAGAUAAAUCUUUGUUUUUUCAGAGAACAGCUCUGGAAGAGCAACAAUCCAAAAAUUUCAAUGAAUUGCUCAAUCUUCGAAAAGACCUGCACCAAAAAGCCGUCAAAUUCUACAUCUCAAACGUUGUCGCUGAACUCAAAUCUGCUGGAGUAGAGCAAUCAAAAAUCGAUAAAUUCACUGGAAAACGUGAAGAGAUUGAGGAAAAGCUUGGAAAAAUCUUCAAAAUCAACCAGCUUCGAGUGCCAAUCAAAUCAUGUCGCAAAAGACAUCGUGAAAGUCUCGCUGAAAAAAGUUGGAAAUAUUUUGAGGAGCGGAAAGCGGAAAGAAAAGCGGAGAGAAAACGGAAAAAUGAGGAUAUUUAUUGGGAAUCAAGGGAUUAUAGAAGAGCUAAUAGAGUGAGUUUUUAUUAUUUUUGAAAAUAUUUUGACGCAAAAAUCAACCUGUUUUUCUAGGUAAAACGCCUCAAGCUCGAAAAAUUCAUCGAAGAUGAAGAAGGCGAGCAACGAAAAAAUGAUGAAUCCAUCUUUUUCGAACCUGAAUCUCCACAAUCUCCGAUUCAAUAUAGAAUUGAAACCGAUUGCGAAGUCGAAGUCGAUAUUGAGCACUUCGAAAAACCUGGCAAAUGUCCAACUGCUGAACCGAAAUCUGAAACUGAAGAAAUUGAAGAUUAUAAGAGAAGACUUGAUGAAUAUGUUCAACAACAAUUUGAGAUUCAUGAAGAAUAUCAAAGAGAAGCUGAUGAGGAAGAGAGAAAAAGAGAGGAAGAUGAAUAUUAUUUUGAGCCGGAAUCUCCACAAUCACCCAUUCAAUAUAGAAUUGAAACUGAUUGUGAGGUAGAAAUCGAUAUUCCACGUUAUGGAGAUGAUCAAGCUGAACAUCAAGAUGGAGAUGAAUUUCGAGUUUUGGAUCCAUUUCAAGGAUUGGAUUUUUCUGAUAAUUACAAAUUGAUUCAUUAUAAUAUGGUUUCAAGUUUGGCAAACACUGAUGAUGAAUCAGAAGAAGUUGUUGUUGUUGAUAAUUAA